CCAAUGAUUAAAUAACAUUCCAAGUGGUAUUCAAACAAAAUGUUAAGCUUCUUGGUAAACACGGGCCGACAAGCGAAUAGCAAACUAUACAGUGCUAACAGCUCGCAGAAUCUUAUACUUCUCCCUCUGUAAAGUCUUAAUAUAUCAGUACAUGUAAUUGUAUUAGAAAUUUAGCCAUGGCAAUGGAAAUCGCGAAAGAUCUGCUCGCACACGGAAAAGUAAUUUUGAGGGAAUCUGCAGAUUGGUUUCACGCCGCUUCUCUCCCGGUACAAGUUGCUGUUGGUACCGUAGGUUUCAUAGCUGCUUCGUAUGGUUUAUAUUGUGUGUGGUUCUAUGGAGGUACAAGACGUGUGAAGAGUAGUGUAACGCUCAAAGGAAAAACCGUGAUCAUAACAGGAGGCAAUUCAGGUAUUGGUCGUGAGACUGCAGUUGAUCUAGCUAGCCGAGGAGCUCGUGUCAUCUUAGGAUGUAGAAACCCUAUCAAGGCAGAAGCAGCAGUAACCGAGGUCCGCAAGAGAUCUAAUAAUCAAAAUGUCAUCUUCAAGCUAGUCGAUGUAUCUGACUUAGAAUCGGUUAGGAACUUUGCAGAAGAGAUACUAAGAGAAGAGAAGAGACUCGAUAUUCUCAUCAACAACGCAGGUAUCGGUGGAACCAAAUAUAGGACAACACCAGAAGGAUUUGAUAUUGUCAUGGCAACCAAUCACGUGGGCCACUUUGUUCUUACAUUGACCUUGAUUGACCUAAUCAAGAAGAGCGCCCCCAGUCGGAUUAUCAAUGUUUCAUCUCUUUUACAUAGUUCAAUCAGCAAUAUUGAUUACACCAAUAAGUCUGGAAAAGGAGUGAAAGGAAUUGAAUUCUACGGUCGAAGUAAACUGGCCAACGUUCAUUUUGCCCGAGAGUUAGCCCGCCGCCUCGAGGGGACUGGUGUCACAGCUUACUCCCUUCAUCCAGGGGCUAUCUAUUCCAAUAUAUGGGAGACCAGCUGGGGAUCGAGCGGGACAAAAUUUAUGUAUUAUCUCUUCCUACCCAUUCUCAUGUUCUUUAUGUUAAGUGAGAAGGAUGGCGCCCAGACAACCAUUUACUGCGCUAUUGACGAAUCAAUCACACAUCUUUCUGGAGGAUACUUCUCUAACUGUCGGAAAGCAAAGGAAUCCAAACUUGCUCGAGAUGACAAACUGGCUAAACAACUGUGGGAUGUGAGUUGCGAAGCUACAGGAAUCAGUCCGGAUGUACUAAAAGCCUAAUGAUAAUAGCCAACAUGUGAAGCUGACUAUUAAGACCGACCAUGUCUGUUCGAAGACGUACCAUCGGGCGCUUUAGAGUUAGUUUCUUGUAACUGGAACACGGCACUAGCUAUGUUCGAAUUGGGCAAAAAUACACAUAAAUGAAAAUUUGCCGAUUUGCAAGCACUUUAUCAUCUUGCAAGAUAAUUCGAUUGAAGAUUUCUAUUAUCACGGUAUACAUUUUGAUGCGAUUUGUGCUAUCAUUAUCGAUGAAUUCGAUUAAAAUUAUCCCGCCGAAAUAACGAACCCUUGAUCCAUCGACAUUUCACUGUUGAACUUAGCGUACAAUGUCUGUAAAAACCACCACAAUUAAAUAUUCUACUUUGUUUUCGAUUGAUAGAAUCCAUUUACACUUUGUUAUUCAUGUUAAAUUAUUUUAUUGCUUAUAGAAUUCGAAUACCAACCUCCCAUAAACUGCUGCAUUAACAGACAGUAUUUCCAUUUUUACGAUAUCUUUCAGUAACAACACAAUAAUGAAACUGUAUGAAAGGUUGUUACAAUACUGAAUAACGCUUAUUCAGAUAGGUUAAUUAAAGCACUUAUCAUACCGUGAUUAAAUAUAACGUCUUAAUGGCAGAAUAUAUUCGUUCGUGAAAAUAGUAGUUUAAUAACUGUGAUAUUCUAAUUAUCGAGACGAGACUUUUGCUACUUGCGAACUUAAAUUCAAGGUUAUUUUUUCUGCAUUGUAUAUGAUUUUAUUUACAAAUGAAUGAAAUACGGAAGUGAAAACAAAAUUCGAUUGCUUUUUGUUAUUUUGCUUCUUAAAAUUCAAGCAAAAUAAUUACACCUAUUUUCGAUGAAAAAAAUAAUAUGCAAAGUGCACAAAUAAGAACGUUUUUAUGAUGAAAUAAUAAAGUCAUUGAUAUUAUCAUAAUGGUUAUCAUAUCACUAAAAUUCCAUUGCAUGCUUUUAUCAAGUAACAGAUGGCCAAGUAAUAUGAGCCAGUUAUAAACCUAGGCCUCUAUGCUGAUUAUCAUAAAUACCAUUUUUUAAUAUUUGAUUUGAUUUUUUUUCUUGUGCAUUUUUACAUUGGUACAUUUUACUAGACUCUCAGUCAUGGUCACAUCAAACGAACCGAUACAGACCUUAGUACAUUUAUGACAUUCGUUCUGUAGGUUUGGGUCAAUUUCGUUGGCGUGACUAAUAAUAGUAUUUGGUUUUGACUAUAUACAUGUAACUUGUUUUCACUAUAUUCUUGGCAAGUCUUUUCUUUUUUUAGAAGUUCAUAAAGAAAAAAAAUCAAGAUGAUUUAUGAAUCUAGAGAAUUCUACAUGACUGUGUUCAUGUUCUUUAUUGUCAUUCCGUCCGCUUUAAAACUCUCCAAAGAUGCAGCUGGAUUUCUUUUCAUACGUAAUCAUGUUGUGGUUACAUUUUGGAUUUGUUUGAAAUCUGUUAUUUUGCAUAAUUUAUGACUAAUUGUAAUUAUAUGAUUGUGUAAUAAAUUUCUUAUGAUUCUUA